GUGCUUUCGGCUACUUUGAAGUGACACAUGACAUUUCCAAGUAUUGCAAAGCAAAGGUGUUCGCUUCAAUAGGUAAGAAAACACCUAUUGCUGUCAGAUUCUCGACUGUUGGCGGAGAGAGUGGAUCGGCUGAUACUGCCAGAGAUCCAAGAGGAUUCGCAGUGAAAUUCUAUACGGAAGGUAACUGGGAUUUGGUGGGCAACAACACUCCCAUCUUCUUCAUUCGUGAUCCGAUACUGUUCCCCAGCUUCAUUCACACACAGAAACGGAAUCCAGUCACACAUUUGAAGGAUGCGGACAUGUUCUGGGACUUCAUCAGUCUGCGCCCAGAGACCACCCAUCAGGUGAUGUUUCUGUUCUCGGACCGCGGAACCCCCGACGGAUACCGCUUCAUGAACGGAUACGGCUCGCACACGUUCAAGCUAGUUAACAGCAACAAUGAGCCUGUAUACUGCAAAUUCCACUACAAGACUGCACAAGGAAUCAAGAACCUGCCGGCCGGGAAAGCGCACGAGCUGUCAGGCUCAGAUCCCGAUUACUCGAUUCGCGACCUCUACAACGCCAUCGCUUCCGGCAACUUCCCGCAGUGGAACUUCUCCAUACAAGUCAUGACUUACGAGCAGGCCCAGAACUGGAAGUACAAUCCGUUCGAUCUCACAAAGGUUUGGCCUCAUGGCGAAUUCCCACUGAUCCCGGUCGGAAAACUGGUCCUGGACAGGAACCCUUCUAAUUUCACCGAUGUUGAGCAGAUUGCCUUCACCGCUCAUUUUGUGCCUGGAAUCGAACCCAGCCCAGACAAGAUGCUUCAGGGUCGCCUGUUCUCGUAUAGCGACACGCAUAGACACCGCUUGGGGGCUAACUACCUGCAGUUGCCCGUCAAUUGCCCCUACCGGGCCGUGGUGGCCAACACACAGCGCGAUGGCCCUGCCUGCUACACCAACAACCAGGGGGGCGCGCCCAACUACUUCCCUAACAGCUUUGGGGGCCAUCGCGAGCAGCCCAGCGCCGCCAACACCAAGUUCAGCACUGUUGGAGAUGUCGACAGGUUA